AUGAUAUACGAAGUUGCCGCAGCAGUCGAACAUAUCGUCAACCUCAUCCAAGAGACCAAGCGGGAACAGCAAGUCGCUCCCGAGGCACUCGCCGGCUUCGCAUCUACCCUCAAGGAUGCUCUCGAAAAGCGAUGCCAACGAUGCUGGAGGCCAGCUGAACCCGAGAUUGGUUCCGCCCAGCGAUCUGUCGCUUGGCAACUCCAUGCCGCAGGUGAAGGUGCUGAUUGUGACCUCUUUCGUGCCUUUGCCUCUGUUCUAGAAGCUCAAGCAGAGGAAGGCGAGAUCGUUCACAUACACCAGUCCAACGUCGUUGCUCUCGCUCUUCAGUGGCUUCCCAUGCCUUUUACUCUUUGGAUCGACCCCGGUUGCGUCGCUGUCCGCAGAGGAAGCGGUCCCGGUGCUAGUCGCUCUUCGUACGAUUUCGACCUUCUCAAGUCUGGUUCUAGCUCUUCUUCUUCCUCGAUCCAUGUCAUUUGGGGUCAGAUGGUUGCUACCACUGCCGAACGCGGCAAUGUGCCUCAGCUCACUGUCAGCAGCACCCCUCGUCCUAUUCCUAUUGUCAAGCCUACAGCCACAGUUACUGCUGCUGCUCCUUUGCACUUGCGCUACCCAGUUCAGGUGAUGAGCAACCCUCCUCCCCAGCACCACCACCGUGCCCUCUCCAACUCCUCUUCCGCCUCAAGCUCCUCGGUGGGCCUCGUCCGCAGUGUCAGUCUCUCGAGCACCCACACUGUCUUCACCGAUGCCACCAGCGUCAGUGAUGGGCUUGACAACGCUGACAACGACGCAACCUCGGAAGCCUGUCCCAGCCUCUGCUCGCCUUCUUCCUCUCACAUGUCGAGUCAGUGCACGCCUAGCACCGGCAAUGACCGCGACUCGGUCCAUGACACCACCAUCGGUGAUACUACUGAGCGCUUCGCUGGUGUUCGUCUUUUCAGCGGCGACGAUGACAAGGAUGAGCAGGAGGAAGAAGAAGCGGGUGAUCUGACCAUCGGUGCUGCUGCCUCUAUGAUUGGACUCAACCUCUCGAAAGAUGCCAAAUCGCAGCAUAUGCUCGGUGCUAGCCCUUCCCUCACCAAGCCCCUUGCUUCUUCGACUCCAGUCAAGUGUAACUACACCACUCACGACAAUGGCAAUGUUGGUGUCCUUGGCGGCGGUGUUCGUCUUGGCGGCGGUGGCAGCUCCAAGCCUGCUCAGCCCCAGCCCCCUCGACACCGUCAACACUCCAACUCCAAGAGCAUCAGCCACCUUCAGGGAGGUCUUCAUAACCAGCUUCUCCCUCCUUACAUGCCUCAGCAGUACCUUGCCCAGCCCAUUCCUCGUCAGCUUCGCUACAUGCACGCUCCCAACUACAGCGCUCCUAUGCGAACUGACCCUCUUCCCAACGUUAGUAUGGCCCCUCAGCAGCAGCAGCACUACCAGCCCUCGCAGUACGGCUACCAGCAGCAGCAGCGGGACAACGCUGCCAUGAUGCAGCCCUUUGCUCACCCUUCGCAGCAGCUUCCCGCUCCCUACGGUUACCGCGCCCUUGCUCCUCAGCAGCAGCAAGCGUACGGCUCACGAUUCGUUGCUCAGCCAGUCAUGUCCUCCAGUGAUCUCUUCUUCGUCGCUGCGGAGGCUCGCGCUGGUGACAACGAUGAGGAAGCUGACGAAGUCGGCGGCGCUGGUGUUGGUGGUCGACGUCGUCUUCGAUCCCGCGGUCGUCGUUCUCGCGGUCGUGGUGCAGGACGAGCUGCUCGUCGUCAAGCCACCGCUCUCCGCGCUUCGGGGCUAGGAAGUACCGACGAGCUCCCUGAGUUCGCCGAUUAUGGUGAAGAGGAGGAGAAUGACGACUUGAUCUCUCGUUGCUCCACUCCAGCUACCUCAUCCGAGUACACCUACUCUUCAUCGACUGCUUCGUCUUCGUGCUACUCCAGCGCCAUUUCUUCGCCUGCGAAGCAACAGCGGACACGCAGUGGAAGGGUCUCGCACAAGUCGUCUCGUCACAACCUUCGCGCUGCUGUCAACAAGGAGGAGAUGGCACAGUUUGGAAUGCAGCUCCACUCCAACCUUGCUCGUCUUCAAGCCUUCGCUUGA